GGUGUAGGAGAACUGUGGCUGGACGGGCUCCUCUAGCCUUCUAAUUUAGAGCAGUAGUCGGGGACAGCGCCUCAUUUCUAAACUCCUCCCAGUUUCUCCUUCUGCGGCUGAGGCUACACCUCAGAUUGCAGGCCAAGCUCUUCACCGUCACCACCGCUUAUUCAGAAUGGCCAACAGGGGACCUUCAUACGGCCUGAGCCGGGAGGUGCAGCAGAAGAUCGAGAAGCAGUACGAUGCGGAUCUGGAGCAGAUCCUGAUCCAGUGGAUCACCACUCAGUGCCGAAAUGACGUAGGCCGGCCCCAGCCUGGGCGGGAGAACUUCCAGAACUGGCUCAAGGAUGGCACGGUGCUGUGUGAGCUUAUUAACUCGCUAUACCCCGAGGGGCAGGCCCCAGUAAAGAAGAUCCAGGCCUCCACCAUGGCCUUCAGGCAGAUGGAGCAAAUCUCUCAGUUCCUGCAGGCAGCUGAGCGCUACGGCAUCAACACCACUGACAUCUUCCAGACUGUGGAUCUCUGGGAAGGAAAGAACAUGGCUUGUGUGCAGCGGACACUAAUGAACCUGGGUGGGCUGGCAGUAGCCAGGGACGAUGGGCUUUUCUCUGGGGAUCCCAACUGGUUUCCUAAGAAAUCCAAGGAGAACCCUCGGAACUUCUCGGACAACCAGUUGCAAGAGGGCAAGAAUGUGAUUGGGUUGCAGAUGGGCACCAACCGUGGAGCAUCUCAGGCUGGCAUGACUGGCUACGGGAUGCCUCGCCAGAUCCUCUGAUCACACACCCCUCUCCUGCCCCUGCCCUCCAUGAAUGGUUAAUAUAUAUGUAUAUAUAUGUUUUAGCAAUGACAUUCCCUGAGAGCCCCUGGAUCGCUAAGCUCCCCUCUGCCAGGGUGGGCUCCUAUCUUGUCACCUCUGGCAGUGCUUGAUGCUUGUCUCUCUCUCUCUCUCUCUCUCUGGGCUUACUAAUACAUUCCUUCCCCACAAACAUCAAAACUGGACCAACUUUCCCCCUGGGACCAAAGCUUCCUUUCCCCAGCAUGUUUCUGCUUUUCUGACCUCUGUGAUUUCACCCCAUUCUUUGGCUAGGAGUCUAAGAUCCUGCCCUGUGCCCCAACACUCACUGACCUCCUUUCUACAAGUACACCUCUCCUACAGCUGUGGCUCAAGGGACUUAAUUUAUAGGGAGGGCCUGUGGCUGUCACUGCAGCCACAGCUGGGCUUUACUUACCACACAUCUGGGCAGCUUUCCCUAGCAGAGGCCCUUUUGGCUUCUUCUUUUCCAUUCCUCUCACUGUGGCUAAGGGGUGGAGCAGAGGAGACAGAGGUAGAAGAGCUACUCACCAUGGUCUGGGCCUUGAGGAACACGAAUUUGCUGAUUCUAAAUAAAGAAUCUCGUUCUUUUUA